AUGCUUCGAGCAAACAAAAGCUUCAAGUGCGCUCAUCACUUGAUGUCUUCAGCAAAUGCACCAUUAAUUAAGAGAAUUAGUCGUAUUCUCAUCGCUAAUCGGGGAGAGAUCGCCAUACGUGUUAUAAACACUGCGAGAAAAAUGGGCAUUGAAUCCAUAGCCGUGUUCUCCGAUGCCGACAGAGAUGCGCUUUUCGUGAAAGAAGCUGAUAAGGCAUUCCAUAUCGGCCCAGCUGCUGCUGCAGAAAGUUAUCUGAACAUCGAUAGAAUUAUUAGCACUGCUCUCGCGGCUGGUGCACAGGGCAUUCAUCCCGGAUAUGGCUUUCUCUCUGAAAAUGCUAAAUUUGCUGAGCGUUGUGCUGAGGCUGGUAUUGUUUUCAUAGGGCCGCCUGUGCAGGCGAUCCGAGAUAUGGGUACUAAGAGUAUCGCGAAGCAGAUCAUGCAUGAAGCGAAGGUACCAGUUGUUGAAGGUUUUCAUGGAUCUGAUCAGUCGGAUAGUAAUUUGAAGGCACAUUCUGAGAGAAUAGGUUACCCUAUUAUGCUCAAAGCUGUUUACGGGGGCGGUGGGAAAGGAAUGAGGAUAGCAUGGUCCUCGUCGGAGUUUGACGAAAAAUUAGCGUCUGCGAGAAGUGAGGCAAUGAAGUCAUUUGGGAAUGACGAGAUGCUGGUUGAAAAAUUUGUUGAAAGACCACGUCAUGUGGAAGUACAGGUAUUUGGUGAUCAUUAUGGUAAUCAUGUGCAUUUAUGGGAACGCGAUUGUUCUGUGCAAAGAAGGCAUCAGAAGAUCAUUGAGGAGGCUCCGGCACCACUUAUCAACAGAGAAACAAGGCUUCGUCUGGGCGAGUCUGCUGUGCGAGCUGCAGCUGCAGUCGGCUAUGUUGGAGCUGGUACUGUCGAAUUCAUAUUAGAUCCGAAAGGUGACUUCUAUUUUAUGGAGAUGAACACUCGUCUUCAAGUGGAACAUCCUAUCACUGAAGCCAUCACGGGCCUUGACCUUGUUGAAUGGCAACUGAAGAUUGCUCAAGGAGAGAAGUUGCCAUUGAAGCAAGAUCAGAUUCCUCUUAAUGGUCAUGCUUUUGAGUGCAGAGUAUAUGCCGAAGAUACUAAGAAUGGCAGGUUUAUGCCCACUGCAGGUAAACUCGAAUACGUUUCCUUCCCAACAGACGCACGAGUAGACAGUGGCGUUGUUUCUGGAGAUGAAGUGUCUGUACAUUAUGAUCCUAUGAUAGCUAAGGUGUGCAUUUCUCCACAUUGCUUGCAUCAAUUUUUUCACAUGACAUAUUCUUGGCGUAACCUAUUUAUUCUUAAGGUCGUGGUUUGGGCAGAGGAUCGUGCUGCAGCCGCAGCGAAACUAGAUUCUGCAUUGUCUCGCACGCUUAUCAGUGGUUUACCCACUAACAUUCAGUUUGUACGAAGAGUUCUGAAGCAUCCAGAGUUCGCGAAGGGUAAUGUUUACACUGAUUUCAUUCCUGAUCAUCAGAAAGAACUUUUUGCUGCUGCUGAGCAAUCAGAUGAGGUGUGUUUUCUGUAA